UAUCCAUGGACAACAACAAUCAAUUUUUACAUUCUUUAAUGCAAAAAGUAGGUCUACAACUAUAAACAGGGGUGCAAAUAACUGCUCUCUUGAAAAAUUAGGCCCAAAAUGAUUAAGCUCAAAACAUCUGUAAGAAAAAGCGAUUCUUCUCCAUUUCUGAAACUUCUUUCCCACAAGAAGCAAUGCUAGAAAAGCCAAACAUGCAUUCCCUGUUUCUCCCCAACACAAACGCAACAACGCUAACUUCUUCUCUUCUUUUCCUAAACACUAAUAACAACUUCUCCUCAAAAGCCCGUUUCCAAUGCUCAAUCAAAGCCACCAACCCAAACACCAAACAAGUCACUAACAGUAACAAAAAGGUUAUAAUCCUAUGGGACCUCGACAACAAACCACCACAUGGACCACCAUACAACGCCGCACUCUCUCUCAAAACCUUCGCCGAACGCUUCGGCGACGUCGUUUCAAUCUCCGCUUACACAAAACGACACUCCUUCUUCAACCUCCCUCUAUGGAACCCUAACCCUAACCCUAAUUCCUUUCUCUGCCGUGUUUGUGGUUAUGAAUGCAGAUCACUUACCGAUGUCAACAUUCACUUCAAGCGAGUUCAUGAGUAUCAAAAGAGAAAGACGCUGAAUCGAUUGAAAUCUAUUAAAUUGAAACGUUCUAAGGUUAAUUUCAUAAGAAAGGUUCAUAGGUAUAAUGAAGCUAAGAGCAAUAAUGCUCCACUUAAGGUUGGAUUUGGAAUGGCUUCGGAGUUGCGGAGAGGGGGUGUUUUUGUGAAGAUUGUGACGGUUCGUGGUAAGGUGAAGGCUGCUGAUUCUUCAUUGAAGAGGGAAAUGAUGAGUGGUGGGGUUGAUUCGUUGGUUUUGGUUUUGGUUUCGGAUGACUCCGUGUUUUCGAAGAUGUUGAGGAAAGUUAGGGAGGUGAAAGUAGAAACUGUUGUUGUUGGGGAUUAUUGGGGUAGGGAUUUGGGGAGGAAUGCUGAUUUGUGGCUUCCUUGGAUUCUUGUUGAGAAUGGAAAUGUUGAAUAUUUGAUGGGAGGAACAGUGGAAGAGGAUUUGGAUGAUGAAUUGGAAGAAGAUGAGAAUAUAUAUGAUUAUGAUGAUUAUGAUUAUGAUGAUGAUGGCUUUUAUGUUUAUUGAUUUUACUCUAUUUUUCAGUAUUGUCAAAUAGUGGCUAUGGCAGUGCUAUAAAUAUUGCCUAGCUGAAUUUGAACAAAUCGCUAUUGUUAUGGGAUGCGCUAUAUGGUGUGAAUUAUUGUCAAAUAGCGACUCUUGUGGCGCUAGAGCAUUGUAGCACAGUAGAAUUUGAACAAACUGUUAUUUUCUGGAUACACAAUUGGAAAUACUGUUUUAAAUGAAGCUGGACUUAAUUGGGGGUGUAAGAAUGGAUUAUCAAAAUUGAGGUUUAGUUGAGUUAUGUUGAAUUGAGGAUAGUGUUAUACUGUUGUUAUUGAUUAUAAUGUUGUAUAGCGGUAACUUCGAGGGUUUGUAUUGCGGUGUUUAUCUGAGAGGAAUGAAGUAUUCUAGCAGCAGUUUUUUCUUUACCAUUCUGUACUGCUGAAGUGUCAGGCUUAUGAUAAUGAUGCUGCCAACAAGGAUUGGAUAACUGAUGUUGAGAUCAUGUCGAUUUUCGCGGCGGAAGUUAAAGACUAGGUUGUGUUAUUGAGUUGAAAUAGCUUUGUAGUUGUUUUGUAAAUUCGUAUUUGAAAUUUAUAUGUACUUAUGUGAACAUUAACUUCCCUUGGGAUUUCUAGACUGUGAUAUAUACUCUUGUGAAAUUUAUAUGUACUUAUAAUUGCGAUUAUUUUACUUGAGGAUUUUUUUGUA